AUGGGGCCCCCGGCAAUAGGGGAUCAUGGGGCCCCUGUGUCCUUGCCCAAACUCAAAAAUGCCUAUGAAAAAGGUACCAGGGGCAUCUCAUGGGGCCCCCUACUGACCCAAGGCCCUCGGGAAGUGCCAGAGUUUCCAAAUAGUCAGUCCGCCCCUGUUAGAGACUAUUAAUGUGAUUCUAAAGGUAUGGGGUUUUUUUUUACAUAAUAAGCAUUUUCUACUUACUUGAUCUCAGGAUGGCUGAUUUAAAUCACACUGUCAGGUCCUUUGGAAGCUUUUCAAAGGGUUAAAU